AUGUCGACAACCCCACCGCCCAACCCCGGUGACGGUCUCAUCUCAUCUCACGACAAUCCCCUCAUUUCAACAGCCACCCCAUCAGCCCGCGCCAUGUCCACCACCUCCACCACCCCUUCCAACGGCAACGACGAUGACUCCACCCAAACACCAGAAACCUGCCGCAUCUGCCGCUCCGAAGCCACGCCCACCGAACCCCUCUUCCACCCCUGCAAAUGCAGCGGCAGCAUCAAACACGUCCACCAAGAAUGUCUAAUGGAAUGGCUCUCGCACUCGCACAAAAAGCACUGCGAGCUCUGCAAGACGCCGUUCCGCUUUACCAAGCUCUACAACCCGGAUAUGCCUGAUAAGCUCCCCUGGGUCGUGUUCGUGAAACGAGCGGCGUGGCAUGGGGUGUGGAUGGUCGGGAGUGCGGGGAGGGGUGUGCUUGUUGGGAUGGUCUGGUUGGUGUUGCUGCCUUGGCUGAUUAGAUGGAGUUGGAGGUGGAUCUUUUGGGGUGCGGAUGCGGGAUGGGCUAGGGAUGCGUGGGUGGGGAAGAUGAGGAGGGAGGCUUUGGCUGCUGCUGAGCAGGGAAAUGGGACGGUUCAUGGAUCAGAGAUGAGUUUGACCAGUACUUCUUUUGGCCCUGCGGCCUAUGAAUUCGUUCUCAACAUCUUCGGCUUAUAUCUGGGUACUGUCAGCUAUUCUCCAGACGACCCAGCAACCUCUGUCUCGGACUCCCCAGUCGCAGAUACCUCUCUUCUCAGUUCUUUCACCUACAUUUCACAGCUCACCACCUCCCCCAACCUCAACAGAGUCAUCCUCGACAUCUUCGAAGGUCAACUAAUCACCUGCGUGGUGAUCGUGGGAUUCAUAUUAGUCUUCCUGAUCCGGGAGUGGGUGGUGCAGCAACAGCCACUUGUCAACCUCGACAAUCUCAACAAUGUGCAACAGCAAAUACUGGAGGCAGCGGCGAGAGCGGAGGCGGAGAACGUGAGGUUGAGGCGGCAGCAGGAGUUGCUUGAGCAGGCAAGACGGAGGUUAUUGGAGUUGCAGGCUGAAUCGCAGGUGUUUGAGAAGGAGGGGUUGAGAGAGUGGAAGCAGAUCAACGAAUCGAUCGAUCUGGCAGUGCAAAGUUUGCACAGUCACAGCGAAGAGGAAAGACUCGAAUUCAAGACUCAUGUCAAAUUCGUGCUGGAAAGUGUGAAAGUGGUGAGAGCACAAGAAAUCCCAAGGCCGAUUGUUGAAAAGCUCGCUAUCAUGUCCGACGACGACCGGGCUGCUUGGGAUGCGGCGUAUGGUGGCGAGCUGAGUCGACUCCUCGAUCGUUGCGCAAAGGCUCAACCACAGCCCAAGCUUGAUGACCCUGCGCAGCGCGCGACGGACCCUUACGCGGCGGCGGCUGAUGCUCAAGAUACGGAACCGAGCACUGAUCUUGACCAAGUACAAGCAAACCCACACAGGCCUAGGAUGCCCGAUCGCGACUUCUCGAGCCGCGCGACGCAGAUCCAGCGGUUAUUGGAAGAGGCUGAAGGCAUCUUCACUCCACAGGAGCUUGCUAUGGCCAGAGAUACUACACCACAAGCGCAAGCGGACACGAGUCCGAAUUCGAGUCCGGCUGAGCGGCUUGAGCCCUCGCGAGCUGCUCAAGCGUCUGAGGCAGAACAAGAGGAUGGUGAUGAUGAGCUGCCCAUCACGAAUGCAGGUCCAGAUGCCAAGAUCAACAUUCGACGAAGAGGCUUUAAGGGCAAGGCGCCCGUGCUGUCCGAACCCAAGUCAGCAUCGACCGCGGAUGUGCUACGGAGACACGCUGAGGACCAGGCGCUGAAGAGGUUGGAAGACGAGAUCAAGGCGGAUGAUGCGGCUUCCACCAGAGCUACGAGAGGGUCAUCACGAAAUAGUGAUCACGAGAGCGCCGAUGCCGAGCCUGCCGGUGACGAUGUGAAUGAGGGUGUGGCGCCAGCAAUAGAGUCCGCCGCAGCAAUCGCUACAGCACCCAACGAGAACCCCUUCCACCCAGAAGGUCCAGCACCGGACCCAAGCACGAGUACCCGAGCGAGUAUAGGCCGAGAUAUCGCAACCGAUGUCCUUGGUCUAGACGGUCCGGAACAGAUCGACGAGUUCCAUCAAGUUGCUCGAGCGGUUCCAACGCCACGUCCCGCAGCAGACGAACAUAAUAUGCCCAAUGAUGGCGACGAAACUGAAGAGCAACCCCCUCGCCGGCCACAGGUUGCAGUUGGGAUGUUCCAAAGGAUGGUCGAUUGGUUCUGGGGCGAUAUAGCGCUACCUCCCGCUGCGGCACAACAGGAAGCUGCAAUACCAGCUGAAGAGGAAAGAUUACUCCCCGGAGGGCAAGAAGCGCCGUUCGUGCCUGUGGCGAAUGGUCGUCUCGUGCCCGCGGCUGUGGAAGAGGAGGAAGCACCACCACCAUUUGUCCCAGCGGCAGCAGCCCAUCCCGACCCGGACCUGUUAGCCGCAGCACAAGCCGCUGGUCUCGACGCUGACGCCAUGGACGAUGCGGAGGAUCUAGAGGGGAUCUUCGAACUCAUUGGUCUACAAGGCCCUUUGCUAGGUUUGUUCCAAACAAGUACUUUCUGCACCGUCCUCGUCACGGGAACCGUGCUAGGAGCGGUAGGCCUACCGUAUCUAUGGGGCAAACUGGUCCUCUCUUUCAUCGGCGACCCGAUAUGGUUCCUGAUUAAGAUGCCUUUGCUGACCAUAAGUUUCAUCGGGGAUUUCCUCGUGGACCUCACCCUUCUCGCUGGUGGCUGGUCCGUACUGGUCUCUACCCUCGCCUCUGAUCUUCUGCUCUCUCUCCUCGGACGCUGGGUAGUAAGGUUAGAGGAUGUGAGAGUAGCAGCAUGGAUCGCGGAUUUUGCCACCGCGACCGCGACAAAGAGCGGGACGAGACUGCAGCAUUUGUUCCUUACGCAGGAGCCUAUAGAGAAGGAGAUUCUGAACUGGAAUUGGGCCUUUCUGGGUGCGAGUGUACAUGCGCAUGCUUCGCUACGGCAGUUGCAGGGGGAGAUCGAUGGGGUGAUGAGCUGGAUGGGUGGGACUAUGACGAGGGUUGUGGAAACUAUCUCCUCUGGCUCCGUCAUCGCGAGCUGCUGGAAGGGUCUACAGAUGUUAGGUCGUGUGUCGGAGGUGCCUGCGCACGUGUCCACCAUAGCGCAAGGUGUGAAGGAGUACGCCGCGCCCGUCAUGCACUCCCUCGGCCUGCUUAAAACCGGCUCCAUCAACUUCGAAACAUCAACUUCCGCCCCUCUCGACCCAAGUCUAAUCUACUGGUCCACCACCGACCGCACCCUCGCAGUAACAACCGGGUACCUCUCCCUCGCCCUCCUAGCCGCCCUCUACGUCGCCCUCGACACCCCCAUAACCCGCUCCGAAGCCGGACGCAAAACCGAAAAGCAGAUCCGCGAUACCUUCAAACAAGCCGGCGGAGUUCUCAAGGUAAUCCUAAUCAUCAGCAUCGAAAUGCUCGUCUUCCCCUUCUACUGCGGCCUCCUGCUGGACCUAGCAUUCCUCCCUUUAUUCCGCGACGCGAGCGUAGCCUCCCGUUGGGCAGGGGCGGGCACAUCCCCGUACCUCUUCUGCUUUGCGCAUUGGUUCGUCGGAACGUGCUAUAUGUUCCACUUCGCGCUGUUCGUGGGCAUGUGUCGCAAGAUCCUGCGGAAAGGCGUGCUCUGGUUCAUUCGCGAUCCGGACGAUCCGACGUUUCAUCCUGUGCGGGAUGUUCUGGAGCGGAACGUCACUACUCAGUUGAGGAAGAUCGCUUUCUCUGCUCUGGUGUACGGAGCGCUGGUUAUCUUGUGCCUGGGAGGGGUGAUCUGGACUAUCGGCAAGAUCUUCGAUGGCAUGUUUCCGAUUCUUUGGUUGAGUACGGAGCCGGUGUUUGAGUUCCCGUUGGAUUUGCUGCUGUAUAAUGCCGUUACGCCGCUGCUGGUCAGGCUGUUCAAGCCGAGCGACGCUGUUAGUGCUAUGUAUGCUUGGUGGUUGAGGAGAUGUGCAAGGGGGUUGAGAUUGUCACAUUUUAUGUUUGGGGACAGGAGGGUUGAAGAGGAAGGGAAUUUCAUUGGCAGAAGCUGGGUGCAUUUCUUGACAUUACGUGGCCCUGCUGAUCUUGAUACUGCUGCGUCAAAGGUGGCUGAGGAGACUAGGACCGGGGUCGACAAUAAUCAGGAGUCACCUAAGCUCCAAUUCAAGAAGGAUGGCAAAUACGUCCUCACGCCCUGUAAUGACCAAUAUCGACCACCGAAACCAGGAGAAGCUUUCCUGCAUAACGAACCAGCAAACAGCGUAAACUCAGCCACAUCAAACGAACAAGUGGAAAGCGAAGUCUACAUCGCCGACGCCAACGGCAAGAAGAACGACCACUUCGCCAAAAUCUACAUCCCACCUUUCUUCCGUCUGCGGGUAACACUCUUCAUGGUCUGUCUCUGGAUCUUCUCCGCGCUCACCGGCCUCUGCGCUACUCUCGUCCCGCUGAUCUUCGGAAGGAGGAUCUUCCAUGCCAUCAUGCCCGAGGCGAUGCAGGAGGGCCGGAUCAAUGAUAUUUAUGCGUAUACUGUUGGAGCAUACAUACUGGCUGCCGUGCUGUACACUGUGCUCAAGGGCGCGAAGGCUCUCACUUUUCUGCGGGACAGCACCCCAAGGAUCGAUAUCCGGGCUUGGACGGCACCAGUUGUGAGGUUCUCGGCUAGAGCGCUGAAGUGCUUGUACGUGUAUGGGUUUGUUGGAGUGGUGCUACCGACGCUUUUCGCACUUAUUCUGCAGUUCUACCUCAUACUGCCGCUGCAUACGUAUGCCGUAUCCAUCGCUUCAACGGGCUCAAAAGAUGCCAUGGUCUCUGCAUUGAAUAGCACACUUUCGCUCAACUCAACAACCACCCUAGCAGAUGCUGGUCAGAACUUCACGAUCGCUGCCGGUGGCAAAGCAGGAUCCAUGGCCUCAAGCCUUCCUACGCUAGCAAGCCACACAAUCCACAUCCUACAGGACUACUGCCUCGGACUCCUCUACGUUCGUCUCGCAAGUCGCCUCGUGGUCAGCACCCCAACCUCCCGCGCAGCCGAAGCUUUCCGACGGAUAACAGCUCAAGGAUAUCUGAACCCAGACAUCAAGCUAGCCACACGGUUUCUCGUCCUGCCACUCGUACUCUUCGCCGCUGUCCUUCUGCUCGCUCCACCAGCUAUGGCACAAGUAUUCAUCUCGACCGCAACCUACAGCUCAACCAAACUUGCCGGCAUCCUUCAGGAUGAGGUGAGGACGAAGAUCUUCCGAUACUCUUACCCUAUCGCCGCCGCUAUGGUAGUGGUGGGAGUCUGUGCAAGCGAAGUCGGCGAAGCGACGAGCAGGUGGCGAGCGAGGAUCAGAGAUGAAGUGUAUCUUGUGGUGGCCCUGAGAAACACGACAUCAUUCAAAGACAACCAGAACACGUACUGGUCCCAAUUCCAAGCCGACGUUUCACCACAAUGCUUCGUUCAGCCCUCGUCUGCGGAAGAAGUAGCCGCCAUUAUUGUGGAAGCAUCGAGUAGAAAUUGUCCCUUUGCAGUCCGAAGCGGCGGGCACGCUGCAUAUGUAGGCGGCUCUAACAUCCCAGACGGUCUCACGAUCGACCUUCGUCUGUUGAAUGAGCUUACUGUUUCUGACGACCGCCUCACGACUCGUGUCGGGCCCGGCAAUGUCUGGAUCGAUGUCUACGAGAAGCUGACACCCAUGAAUCUUUCUGUCGUGGGAGGCAGAGUGGCGAAUAUUGGUGUUGGUGGACUUACGCUUGGGGGUGGAAUCUCGUGGUAUGCUAGCAAGCGAGGAUGGGCUUGCGAUGGUGUGCGGAACUACGAAUUGGUGACUGCGAAUGGGGAAAUUCUUGAGGUGAAUCAAGAGUCGUAUCCCGAUCUUUAUUGGGCUCUGCGUGGUGGUGGCAACAACUUUGGUGUUGUCACUCGAUUUGAUCUUGAGACAUUCGAGCAAGGACAGAUGUGGGGUGGAAGUGUAUUCAACUCUGCCGAACACAACGCUACGCUGAUCGAUGCACUCGUUGACUUCAACGCCCACGCUGAAGAAGAUCCCGAUGCCUUCUCAUGGGUCGCUCUUGUGUACGUUGAUGAUCAAAAGUCCUGGUUUGCAGCCACUCAGAUGGUCCUUGCAAGACCAGAGCCCAAUCCGCCGAUAUUCAAAGAUCUAGCAGCAGUGGAGGGCUUCCACUCCUCACUACGGCCUACAAACAUCAGCGACUUGGCCAAAGAACUCAAGGAGAGCAACCCGGAUGGUCUGCGUCAAAAUUGGUGGUCCAUCACGUUCAAGAAUGACGCCCGUAUCCUCCAUGCUGCUCAUGCCAUUCAUUUCGAGGAGAUUGAGUCGAUCAAAGAUGUGAAGGGCAUCGUAGCUUCGCAGGUCAUCCAGCCAAUCACUCUGGACGUCAUCAGAAAGUACUCCAGGAAUGGCGGAAAUCCUCUCGGCAUGAAGGAGGAAGAUGGACCGCUUCAGCUGAUAAAUUUGGCAACCAUGUGGCUAGACGAGUCUCGCGACGAAGAAGUAAUGGCGGUGCAUCGUCGAAUGAUCGACCGUAUGGUUGCGAAGGCGAAAGAAUUGGGUGUGGACCAUCCCUAUAUCUACCAGAACUACGCCGCAAAGGAGCAAGAUGUCUUUGGCGGCUACGGUGAAGAGAAUAGAGCACGUCUGAUUGAGAUUAGUAAGAAGUACGAUGCGGAGCAGGUCUUUCAGCGUCUUCAGCCCGGGUACUUCAAGCUUUGA